AUGUGGUUGGAGAUGAUGGAGUUGGUAAUGCAGAAUCUUCAGAAACAUCCUGAUGGCUUUCACUUGGCUUUUGAACAAAAUUCCAGCGCUGAAAAUCAGCAGCAUAUUGAGCAGAUUCGAGAGCGUCUGCCACGAUUUGUGGACAUCAUGCGCAGCCCAGAGUUUGUCGAAGCCAUGAAGAAUCCUCGUGUUCUGGCUGCUAUGCGAAGGAUACAGCUUGAAAUGCAAGUGAUUCACAGAGAAGCACCCAAUUUAGGUGAAAUGCUUUGCGGACACGGUUCCAGCGACCCAGCAAACGCAGAAGAAAGAGAAGAAGCGGUUGCUCGACGGCCAAGGUCCCCAGCACCCCCUCCGCCAAGACCACCUCCACCUGCCCCACCUGCCUCUGAUGCUGCCAGCAAAGUGAAUGAUAGAGCACGAGUGCAGUACAGGAGGGAAUUAGAGCAGCUGGCUAAAAUGGGGUUUGAGAGCGAAGCCGACGGAAUUGCUGCUCUUCGUGCUAGCGACGGCAACCUAGAACGCGCUGUGGAUUACCUACUUUCGCAAGGCUAA